AUGGAUCGUCUAAAGUUCUAUCUGCAGAGGAAGGAACAGAGUGGAGAGAACCCAGGACAGUCUGUUGUUUGUCUAUAGAACAUCAUGUGGUCUGGAUGGACUAAGGCCCGUUAGAGUCUGUUCAUGUCAUGUUGGUUGUCCUCUUUGUGAGGGACAAGGCCUGUUCCAACUUCCAACUGCAUUUUGUUUGAUAUGAUAAGCAAAUCAUCAAUCAUGUUGCACUCUGCUAAACUUGUAAGUGUGUCAUUACCAGUCACUACCCCAAAUAAUGAUAUACUUUCUCCCUACCCCCUCCCAAUCUGAGGGCUUCACCCUUUUGCCCUUCCUUGCUAUCUCUUUCUUCCUUACCCUUAAACUAUCCCCCCCUCUCUCUUUAUCUAUCAUGCACUUCUCCUCUGCCCCCUCUCUCUCUUUAUCUAUCAUGCACUUCUCCUCUGCCCCCUCUCUCUCUUUAUCUUCCCCGCUCUCCCAAUCGUUCUAUUUCCCUUUGGUCCCCCCCCCCCCCUUUGCUCUCUCUUUCUCUCCCCUCUCCCCUCUCCCCGCCACCCCCCUCCCCCUCCACCUCCCCCCUCUCUCUCUCUCUUUCUUUCUCACCCCAUCCCCCUCUGUCUCGCCCUCCCUCCCCUGUCCCUCCACCCUCUCUCCACCCCUCCUACUCUCCUUCCCCCCCUCUCUGUCUCUCCACACUCCUCUCCCUCCUCCCAGGACCUGGAUAAGACCCAGACAGAGAUCAUGCGUCACCACACCAGUAUCAGUGAGCUGAAGAGAAGCUUCAUGGAGUCUGUUCCGGAGCCGCAGCAGAGUGAGUGGGACAAGCGCCUGUCCACACAUUCACCCUUCCGCACGGCCAGCAUCAACGGACAGCUGCAGCCAGGCACUGACGGGGUGAGUCAACACCAACAGAACGAAUAGAACGGGCCUCCCCAUUCAAGUCAAUGAUGCCAUAAUGGGUGAACUGGCGAGUGUGCCAAUGAGUUUACCAGUCAAAUUGCCAGGGUUAGAGGCUCUAAGCCCCUUCUAGAGAUUAUUAUAUUUCUAUGGAGUCAACAGAACAACCAGUCUUGGUACAGAACAGAGAGACAGAGACAGCAAUAGCAGCCCAUGGUACUCAGAGAGACAGAGACAGCCAUAGCAGCCCAUGGUACUCAGAGAGACAGAGACAGCCAUAGCAGCCCAUGGUACUCAGAGAGACAGAGACAGCCAUAGCAGCACAUGGUACUCAGAGAGACAGAGACAGCCAUAGCAGCCCAUGGUACUCAGAGAGACAGAGACAGCCAUAGCAGCACAUGGUACUCAGAGAGAUAGAGACAGCCAUAGCAGCCCAUGGUACUCAGAGAGACAGAGACAGCCAUAGCAGCCCAUGGUACUCAGAGAGACAGACAGCCAUAGCAGCCCAUGGUACUCAGAGAGAUAGAGACAGCCAUAGCAGCCCAUGGUACUCAGAGAGACAGAGACAGCCAUAGCAGCCCAUGGUACUCAGAGAGACAGAGACAGCCAUAGCAGCACAUGGUACUCAGAGAGACAGAGACAGCCAUAGCAGCCCAUGGUACUCAGAGAGACAGAGACAGCCAUAGCAGCACAUGGUACUCAGAGAGACAGAGACAGCCAUAGCAGCCCAUGGUACUCAGAGAGACAGAGACAGCCAUAGCAGCACAUGGUACUCAGAGAGACAGAGACAGCAGAGACAGAGACCGCCAUAGCAGCCCAUGGUACUCAGAGAGACAGAGACAGCCAUAGCAGCCCAUGGUACUCAGAGAGACAGAGACAGCCAUAGCAGCCCAUGGUACUCAGAGAGACAGAGACAGCCAUAGCAGCCCAUGGUACUCAGAGAGACAGACAGCCUUAGCAGCACAUGGUACUCAGAGAGACAGAGAGGCCUUUAUUCUCUCUAGUCCCACUCAAAGCACCAACAGGAUUCCUGACAACAACAGGAUGUUUGAAAAAAAAAAUUGUACUUUUGACUGGCUUUUUGUAUUUGCUGGCACAAUUUUACCGAUAGGAAUGUUCUUUCAUUUUCAAUUGAAGAUGUGUUUUGACUUUCUUUGAGCAAGUUUUCUUGCUUUGUUGUUUGCUAGUUGUUACAUGCUGACCAGACAGCACACACGAAAAGCAUUAAACAUUUAUGGCAAUUUAGCUAGCUAGCUUGCUGUUGCUAGCUAAUUUGUCCUGGGAUAUAAACAUUGGGUUGUUAUUUUACCUGAAAUGCACAAGGUCCUCUACUCCGUCAAUUAAUCCACAGAUAAAAAGGUAAACGGAGUUAGUUUCUAGUAAUCUCUCCUCCUUCGGGCUUCUUCUUCUUUGGACUUUAUAUGGUGGUUGGCAACCAACUUUAAGGUGCAUUACCACCACCAAUGUUGUAGAAAAUUGUCUUUGUCCUCAGUCAAACACAAAGUACUUUCAGAGUUUUUGUAGAAUUAAGAUAGACUUUAUUACAAUCAAUAUAGUUCCGUGUCUGGAAACAAUAGUGGUGGGCCCAAGCCCUGUUAUGCAAAAAUAACAGAGCCCUUUCCUAGCUCCGUUCUGACCCCCUAAUUAAUUCCCAAACCUAUCAAUCGAUACUUAAACAUGGCUUAAAACAUGGCAGGUCCAUAAUCAAUCUCUCAAACAUAUACAAGCCUCCUCCCUCUUUAUCACCCAGUGUAAACGCCCCUCAUGCUGUGAUCAACCAUGUUUAGUCUGAACUGUUCGACCCUGGCUCCGUUCCAGGACUAUACCUGAGGAGAGAGGCAAAGGGCAACAGUCUGGUUUCAGUCACUGAUAAGGCAGGACAGCCGUGGAUUAGGGAGGAGCGAGGAAUUCGACCCGAAGACAGGUCAGAUGAAAAAAGAAGAAACAGUCCUAUUACCCACACACAGACACCAGGCAGGGCAAUGACUACACCAGUGAGAGGAACCAAUUCAGUUCUUGCCUGGCAACAGAGAUGUUCCCAUGUUUAACGCUGGCUCCGUGUUCGUCAUGUUGUGAUUAACUAUGUUUAUCUUAUAGUCUACUGAGUCUGAAGAGAUUUAAAUAUAGUCUACUGAAAAAUCCCAAUCACCAACUGGACUGGAGUGUGGACCUCAGUUCAUCUUUCAAUCACCCACGUGGGUAUAUGCUCCUAAAAACCAAUGAGGAGAUGGGAGAGGCGGGACUUGCAGCGCGUCAAGCGUCACAAAUAGAACCGAGUUCUAUUUUAGCGCCUGGCUACACAGACGCUCGUUGACGCGCACGAGCAGUGUGGGUGCAGUGAUUGAAUCACAUGUAUGUGUACAUUUAUUUAGCAACGUUUCGAGCACGCGACGCGAGCGGUGUGGUCAGCGUGUUACUUUGGAUUGCACAGAGUCAUUAGUCCCAGUAGGGUUUCCUGUGGUCUUUUCUCAUGUCAUUAUUCAGUUGUUGUUUUUGACACGAGUCAAUGUCUAGUCACUAAUCUAGAGGAUGCAAUCAUCUCAGUUUCAGUUUUUGACAAGUCAAUGUCCAGUUUCUAGAGAAUGGCAGUCAGAUUACCCUCAUUACAGGGGUGCUGUGUUGUGUUAAUUUGAAAGAAAAGUAUUUUUUUUUUUCAUUUCCUCAUACUUGGUAGAGAGAAAUAGAGGAUUUUUCAUUCCCUAAGGAUGUACCGUGCACAGGGUCAUAGUCAGCAGACAGAAUGUUUCAGAGAGUUUCUCUGUGUCUGUGUAUCUCAGUGGACAUGCUCUUGGAGUCUCUUUCUCUGUGUAUAUUCAUGUGUGUGUGUGUGUGUGUGUGUGUGUGUGUGUGUGUGUGUGUGUGUGUGUGUGUGUGUGUGUGUGUGUGUGUGCAGGUGAGGACGGCCUCCCUAUCACCUGCAUACAGAGUAGUUGGUGGCGUAUCAGAGGUAAAGGUACUCUAAUUCAGUCCUUACUGGCCGUACAGGGGCUGGGCUGAGCUGGGCUGGGUUGGGGUGGGCUGGGCUGGGUUGGGUUGGGCUGGGUUGGGUUGGGUUGGGCUGGGUUGGGCUGGGUUGGGUUGGGCUGGGCUGGGCUGGGUUGGGUUGGGCUGGGUUGGGCUGGUCUGAGCUGGGCUGCAGUAAGAGAACACUAGCUGGCGUUUCUUUACCAGCUAACAAUAAAGAACAGACCAUGUUGUGUAUGGUAGCUGUGUGGAGGCUGUGCUGAGGCUGUGUGUAUGGAGGCUGUAUGGAGGCUGAGUGGAGGCUGUAUGGAGGCUGAGUGGAGGCUGUAUGGAGGCUGAGUGGAGGCUGUAUGGAGGCUGUAUGGAGGCUGUAUGGAGGCUGAGUGGAGGCUGUAUGGAGGCUGUAUGGAGGCUGUAUGGAGGCUGAGUGGAGGCUGUAUGGAGGCUGAGUGGAGGCUGUAUGGAGGCUGUGUGGAGGCUGUAUGGAGGCUGUGUGGAGGCUGUGCUGAGGCUGUGUGUAUGGAGGCUGUAUGGAGGCUGUAUGGAGGCUGUGUGGAGGCUGUGUGGAGGCUGAGUGGAGGCUGUAUGGAGGCUGUGUGGAGGCUGUGUGGAGGCUGUAUGGAGGCUGUAUGGAGGAUGUGUGUAUGGAGGCUGUAUGGAGGCUGUGUGGAGGCUGUGGAGGCUGUAUGGGGGCUGUAUGGAGGCUGUGCUGAGGCUGUGUGUAUGGAGGCUGUAUGGAGGCUGUGUGGAGGCUGUGUGGAGGCUGUUUGUGUGGAGACUGUAUGGAGGCUGUAUGGAGGAUGUGUGUAUGGAGACUGAGUGGAGACUGUAUGGAGGCUGUGCUGAGGCUGUGUGUAUGGAGGCUGUAUGGAGGCUGUAUGGAGGCUGUGUGGAGGCUGUAUGGGGGCUGUAUGGAGGCUGUAUGGAGGCUGUGUGGAGGCUGUGCUGAGGCUGUGUGUAUGGAGGCUGUAUGGAGGCUGUAUGGAGGCUGUGUGGAGGCUGUGUGGAGGCUGAGUGGAGGCUGUAUGGAGGCUGUGUGGAGGCUGUGUGGAGGCUGUAUGGAGGCUGUAUGGAGGCUGUAUGGAGGAUGUGUGUAUGGAGGCUGAGUGGAGGCAGUAUGGAGGCUGUGCUGAGGCUGUGUGUAUGGAGGCUGUAUGGAGGCUGUAUGGAGGCUGUGUGGAGGCUGUGGAGGCUGUAUGGGGGCUGUAUGGAGGCUGUGCUGAGGCUGUGUGUAUGGAGGCUGUAUGGAGGCUGUGUGGAGGCUGUGUGGAGGCUGUGUGGAGGCUGUGUGUGUGGAGACUGUAUGGAGGCUGUAUGGAGGCUGUAUGGAGGAUGUGUGUAUGGAGACUGAGUGGAGGCUGUAUGGAGGCUGUGUGUAUGGAUGCUGUAUGGAGGCUGUAUGGAGGCUGUGUGGAGGCUGUAUGGGGGCUGUAUGGAGGCUGUGCGGAGGCUGAGUGGAGGCUGUGUGGAGGCUGUAUGGAGGCUGUAUGGAGGCUGUGUGGAGGCUGUGCGGAGGCUGAGUGGAGGCUGUAUGGAGGCUGUGUGUAG